UUGACAUGACAGAAGUACCCUCCUCAUUUUCUUAUUUUGCCAUCAUUUGCUACUUAUAUGUAUCCAAAACCCUAAUUCUUUUCUUUCUAUUCACCGACUGUUGUCAUCGCUGCUCGCGCUCGUUCAAGGUGAUGGCUCCUAAACAGACGAAUACUGGCCUAUUUGUGGGGCUGAAUAAAGGCCACGUUGUGACCAAGAAAGAAUUAGCUGCACGUCCUUCAGAUCGCAAAGGAAAAACCAGCAAAAGGGUUCACUUUGUGAGGAGCUUAAUCAGGGAAGUCGCUGGUUUUGCACCAUAUGAGAAGAGGAUAACUGAGCUGCUGAAGGUUGGAAAGGACAAGCGUGCUUUAAAGGUAGCUAAAAGAAAGCUGGGCACCCACAAGAGGGCAAAAAAGAAGAGAGAGGAAAUGUCCAAUGUUCUCCGCAAGAUGAGGGCCGCUGGAGGAGGUGAGAAGAAGAAGUAAAACAUACUGUAGCAGAAUUGAAUUUCUGGGGUCUAGAUUCUUAACCUUGCACUUGAGCCGAGUUAAUAGGAGCUUAUGUAGCUUCACCUGUUUUUUUUGUUUGAGACUGAGUGAAUCUUCCAAAUGGUGUUUUGUUUUGAAUUGGAGAUUAUAAUUGCUGAAUCAAGUGAUUUCUUUACAUGCAUUUUGUUUGUGGACUGAGUCAU